CUACCCUGAGCAGGGAGAUACAGAGGCCCAUGUUUUGAGUGUUGUCUUGGUUUCAGGAAAAGUCCACCAAGCCCAAUCCAGUUUUUCAGGAUGAUAAAGAGAGUUGUUUUGGGGGUGGCCAGUGGGAGGAGCCACAGCAUUUCUCACCUGUAGUGGCUGAGGCCCUGCACUUCCCAGAGCCCCCUCCCCUGCAGAUGUUCCAGCUGUUGCUCCUGGCGCUCUCCUUCCUGGAAAGCCCCGUGUUCAUGGCCUCUGUCUCUGUCUCCAGAAGUAAGCCAGUGGGAAUUGUGGGGGGUCACCGUACCCCACCAGGCAGGUGGCCAUGGCAGGUCAGCCUGAGAACCUACGAUUACAAGGCAAGCUCCUGGGUGCACAUCUGUGGGGGCUCCAUCAUCAGCCCACAGUGGAUUCUGACUGCUGCCCACUGCAUCCAAAGCCAGGAUGGCGACCCAGCCUCGUUCCGGGUCCAGGUGGGGGAAGUAUACCUCUACAAGGAACAGGACCUUCUGAACAUCAGCAGGAUCAUCAUCCACCCCGACUUCAACCAAUUCAGUAAGAGGUUUGAUGUGGCCUUGAUGCAGUUGACUGCCCACCUGGUCCCCUCCACACACGUCAGUCCGGUCUCUCUGCCAAAUGAAAGCUCAACCUUUAACUCAACUGACCAGUGUUGGCUGGCUGGCUGGGGCAAUGUUCACCAAAAUGUGGCUCUGCAGCCUCCCUAUCAACUGUAUGAGGUGAAGAUCCCAAUUCAGGAUAACGAGAGCUGUAAGCGGGCUUAUAGGAAGAAAAUGCCUGAUGAAUCCCAAAGUGUGGCCAUGUUUGAUGACAUGCUAUGCGCUGGCACCUUAGGCCGAGGCCCCUGUUUUGGUGACGCCGGGGGUCCCUUGGUCUGCCUGAAGAGCAACAAGUGGGUACAGGUAGGCGUGGUCAGCAUAGGCGUAGAGUGCAGCCUAAUUGAUCUGCCAUCAGUCUUCUCGAGAGUCCAGAGCUCCUUAGCCUGGAUCCAUCAGCACAUCUAGUGGACGUGUCUCCCGGCUGCUGCCCAACAUCAGAGACAGCUUCUUGACUCCUCUGAUCUUCCCUUCCUGGAUCCUUCCUUGUCCUGCCUUCUUCCCUGGCCUGUCCUUCCCUGCUGACAAGAAUGCCCAGGAAAUCCCAGUGUGGGGUUGGGCUGC